GGAGGAUGGUGCAUUAUUUUUUUAGGCAACGAUGGAUUGCUUUCCCACUGUGGAUCUGUACAGUGCUGCAGUUGCUACGAGUGGUUGAAGUUGAGUGUGCCUCUUACCGUCUGGAAGAUCAACCGAUGACAUAUGAAUCGUACGACAUGCAGUGCGGCUAUCAAAGCAAAUGUUGCAGCGAUAAUAGUUGUCCUUCACUGGACGGGCUUGAUAGUUUGGAACGAAAGGCGCGUAAGAAAGCAAUAUUGGAGCUGCUUAACAACGAAGCCACAGUGAAUGAUCCUCGUUUUCUGAUGGAUGGUACGGACUUUGAUGUAAGGUUUUUCAACACCAUAGCAAUCCAACCCUUGGAGCAGCUGGGAGUGCGAGAUACGCUAACCACGCAAAAAGUGCUGGAAAUAUUGUCCAAACGGAGCAGCUGCUGUCAGAUGCGCAACCUGCUCGAUGGAAAGUGCUACUCUAACGUAACGCUCUCCUGCUGCAAAGCUGUCGAAGAACCUUGCUGUGAUCCGCACUAUCCCUAUCGAAGCUACGACGGAAGCUGCAAUAACCUGGCCCAUCCGCGCUGGGGAAUGCGUGGCACCGCUCUGAAACAUCCCAUCGCGCCGUGCUUCGAUGAUGUGGUGUCGCAACCGGCCCGCAGUAAGUCGGGUGCUCCAUUGCCCCAGAAUCGGAAACUUAUAGCCGAGCUGGCAGCGAUGCUCAAAGAGCGGGAGAUUAGCACCACUGCCGAGCUGAACAUGUGCUCCGUGUUUUUGAGCGAGUUCUUCACCCUGGACAUGAUUGGCCGGUCGACCAAGCGCACCAAACGGAGGACGGAUGGUUUCCGCGGUUGCCGAGCCGAUGGUCAUGAUCGGAGUCCGUUCGUAACGCCACUCUCCAAUCCUCUCCGCGUAUCACCUAACGAUCCGUACUACGGGCCUAUCGGAGUGCGCUGUCUUAACUUUAGCCCGCAGUAA